AUGCUGGCCUCCGGCUCGGCUCCCAACCUUGCUCUCUACAUCCGGCAUUUUGUUUCCCCCCCCCCCAUUUCUGUCCAUGCUAUGUCUCCAACCUGCUUUUCCGCCCUGUUCCCCCUCUUCAACUAUUAUUUUGCUCCUCUCCUCGUUGACAGCCGCAUUGCCUGUUUGGAUCUACGUCUUUGUGCUAUACAUUUUUACCUCCAUAUUUCGCCCAAAUGCCAUGUUCUUGUCGCUUCCACCGUAGCCCAUAACAUUCGUAGAAACGUCAAAUUUGAGAACGAAAUGGGGGAAACAAAUCCGCUUCUCACAGAUGGAAUCGAAAUCGGCCACGAAAUGCGCGGAGAAGUGAGCAGAAAAGCAAGGACGCCGCUUGUGCGAAGUGAAGUGGGCAACUGA